CCGGCGGGCUGGGGCCGCCGGACCUGCUCACCACGCCCCCCACCCUGGGCGAGUUUGCAUAAAUAAACAAAUCCAAGCCGUCGGCCCCGCGGGAGGUGGAGGAGGAGUGAGGGGGAGGAGGAGGGAGGGGGGCGGGAGAGAUUAGUUUGGGAAGUAGCACGGAUUGCUCAUCCGAUCCGUGCCGCCGCAGGGAGUGUGUCAAGUUACAGAGGCGCCGGAAUCGGCCCCUGCGCUCCUCGCCAGCCGCCACGACCCACCUCUGCCCAUGGGGCCCUCCAUGUGCGCCCCUUCGCCCGGGGACUGAAACUGACUGGCCCGGGAGACACGAGGCGCCCAGAAGGACUGACAGCGCGGCACCAACUGCUCUGCAGACACUUGAAGGGAAAGACUGGGCGGAGAGAAGGAGAGCCGACGCGAGAGGAUGGUAGCGGAGCGCACCCACAAAGCGGCAGCCACCGGUGCCCGCGGCCCUGGGGAGUUGGGCGCGCCCGGGACGGUGGCUCUGGCGGCGGCGCGGGCGGAGCGCGGCGCACGGCUGCCGAGUCCAGGGUCGUGCGGGCUGCUGGCGCUGGCCCUCUGCUCGCUGGCACUCAGCCUGCUCGCCCACUUUCGGACGGCCGAGCUGCAGGCCCGGGUGCUGCGCCUGGAAGCGGAGCGCGGGGAGCAGCAAAUGGAGACGGCUAUUUUGGGACGAGUCAAUCAACUGCUGGACGAGAAAUGGAAGCUCCACUCAAGGAGGCGCCGGGAGGCCCCAAAGACAUCUCCAGGAUGUAACUGCCCACCAGGUAAGCAGCCCUGCAAAUAGGUGACCGCGGAUGUU